AUGAGUAACAGUAGCGAUGACAUGUCUACUAAUGAAACCGGAGGUAAAGUUGAAUUAUCUCAACAAUAUAUAACACAAUUGCUCUUAGAAGACCAAGACAUUCCUAUCAAAAUAGUUAAUGUUGAUACGGUUCCAACUACGACCAAGAAUUGUAUCAAUGAUAAGACCUUCGAAACCUUUUGCAAUGGUACCUUAUAUAAAUGUGAGAAAUUAUCUGAUUUACAAGAACAAAGUAAUAAUUUGAUUACACGCCUACAUCAAUCUAACUUAAUAAGUGCAAUAAUACCGAUUUUUGAAACUGAAAAAUCCACGGUACAUCCUCACGAAUUAACAAUCCCAUUACCCAUUACCAUAACCUUAAGAUACCAACCUAAGUCUCAUUUUACUGCUAAGACAGGUACAAACAUUACAAACUCUGGUCAAGGUGAUGCAUACUUGACAUUCCAAAAACGUAAUCUAUUAGGUUUAGAUGAAACGGUGACAUUAGACCAUAGAAGAGAUACAGGUACUAAUGCUGGUACUAAUGUCUCAAUGUUGUUUCCUUACAUAAUACGUGACAAUGCAUUUUUGACCGGUAAAAUUGAUGUAUUUGAUAUGAAAAAAUUCUUAGGAGUUAAAGAUCAAGGUAUUUCAUUUACUGCGAACACAUGUUACACCAGAGGCUGGAAUCAUAGUUUAACUUUCGAAUCUUUAAAGAGACAGUUUCAUUAUCCAGAUUACAUUGAAUCCACUAAGAAUAAAAAUAAAUGGGUGUCUGAACAAUUGCUGAUCCAAGAAGGUGAAUUCUUUAAGAAUAAUUUAAAAUUAACUUCCGUAUUGGAUGAAAGAAACAGUACCAUUGCACCAAGUUCAGGUUAUCUCUUAAAAUUUACCAAUGAGUUGUCAUCGAAAUUUCAAAAUCUUCAAUUUUGGAAAACAGCUAUGGAAUUUAAUUGGGUCAAGAGUUGGUUUAAGAAUGAUUUCGUCACUGUAAGUAAUACUAUAAAAUGCGGUUUUAUCAAGAAUUUAAAUCAGAAUGAAUCGUACAUUCAUUUUAUUGAUAAGUUUCAAAAUGGUGGACCCAAUGAUGUAAGAAGUUUUUCACCCAUGGGAUUAGGUCCAAGGGAAUUAGGCCACUCAUUAGGUGGUGAUGCAUUUAUAGCCUAUGGUACCAGUGUAUUUUCACGUAUACCAAUAAAUGCAGUGGCUAAUUCAGGGUUUAGAUUACAUGGAUUUAUAAAUGGUGGGAAAUUAAUGAAUCAUAACAAUCUUCCAUUUCAAGAUACAUUAAGACAACUUGGUCAAGAACAUUCCAGUUCUAUCGGUAUUGGUCUAGUAUUGAGACAUCCAAUGGCAAGGUUUGAAUUGAGUUUCGCUGUACCAUUAACUACACAUGAGGAUGAUUUAACUAGAAAAGGUUUCCAAUUUGGCCUUGGUUUUGAAUUUUUAUAA